CACACUCGCCCGCGAACAACAAGAAGAAGACGUUUUGUUUGAAAAUGGAGGCUGACGACGAGGUGCAGCUCAACCUUUUGACGCUGUUUUUCCUUUGAAAACGUUCCGUUCGGUGCAGUUUGUGUGCGGCAAUCGACUACCUGGUGAUAGUAUGCAACGAUACAGAUAAAGAAACGGUGUAAAGUCUUUGCCGAGCGGUUUUUAUUUGUGACAUUUCCGGGCUGAAGGUUCAAACGAAGGUGUUCUACCACGCACGCUUCUCACAAGCGUCAAAACAAAACGGCAGCUAAUGCAAAUACUACGCUCUGUCUACCACCGCCCACCACCCUUCUUUAUGCUCAACAUAUUCCCAGCUGUAGCAGCUUUGUGGAACGACAACAGUGCCGGAGUGUGUUGGUAGUAGUAAGUGUGCGUGUGUACGUGUGUGUGAGCGGCCCAAACGGGUGACGGUAAACGCAAAUUGCAAAACAGCAGCCAGAGCACAAUCGUGCGCUGAACCUCAGUUGGUGUAGUUCUUACUCCCGCCAUGCACCCUUUUGGGGUAAGGCUUUAGUGUGACCGAGAGAAGAGUGCGACGGUGAAGCAAAAAGCAAGAAAAAAAGGGCAACAUUCCAUUCGAAUUUCGGUUGCUCGGUGGCCCUAUUGCUUCAGUGUGGCGUAGUGUAGCAUUACUGCACACUAGCCAGCUCCUCCUCCCUCCCCGGCCCAGGUCAGUGUGCGUGUAUGUGAGAGCAUGUAUUAAAUUCCGUGUAGCAAACGCAACCGAGAAAAAGUAGAGCGAAGGUGAAACAAAUCCAUAGCGGUGAUGGUGAUUCAUAAUACGACCCAAACUUCAUCGCCAGUUACCUUUACACCCUGCGGUGUGUAUUAGAGAGAAAACACAGAAACGGGGCAACGAAGACGACGACGGCGACGGCGACGACGAUGAUGAUAUACCACCGCCUGCUUCGAUCGCCGUAGAGGGAAAGGAAUUCGCGCUGGCACAACGCAGCCGCAACACGUCAUCAACCGGUAUUUUGCGGGUAUUUCGUCGCUUCGUCUCAUCGAACCUGCAUUUGCAUUUGCUGUCAAAGCAGCCGCAGCAGCAGCCGCAGCAGCUCUUCUUGUUAUUUUUGCACACGAUGCAUCCCGUUGAGGCCACGUGCAAUGCAUAAAACCGCAUUCUUCUCCGCGUGAGCGCAGUGAAAAGUGAGAACAGUGUGUGUGUGUGUGUGUCCUCUGCUCGGUUUAUUGGGCCGGAUGGCCAACGCGCGUAUGUGACAGGUGCCUGUCGGUGGCAGUGUGAUGACCUCCGGAGGCAAUAACAGCAGCAAACUCGAUCGCGCUCUCGAUCCAUCGCGUCAAUCAAGGUGACUAAGGAAGGAGCGUUGAAGAAAAAUCGUCGCUUUUUUGUUUCGAGAAAAACCAACCGUCCUCCGCCUGUCCAAGAGGGCCCUGGAGCUGUGUCGAUUUGUGUUGGUUGCGCGCGCUCGUGCGCUCCUCUUCUCUGCUGCUGUGCGCAAGCAAUCUCGCGCGCGCACGCUGGUGAAAGUGUAUAUUUUUGGCCAUCGCUUGCGUCGGUCACCCGUGAACCGACCAUACAAAUAAAAAAAAAAAGGCCAAAUCGAUCGUGUCGUGGCUGCGGCUUCCCCUACGCUGGUCAGACACACAGAGUGGUGUGUCGCAUUCAAUGGCUUGUGGAUGUGUGUAAAUGGUGGUUCGUGUUCUACUUCUGCAAUAAUUUGUCGUGCAAAAAAGUAUUUUGACCCUUUUCUUCUUUCCAUCACAAUCGUUGGAGGGAAACGUUGGCUUUUCCAGUGAGACCAGUGUUUGUGUGCGUUGUGCGACUGUGCAUAGGAUUAUUUUAAUCUUCUACACGUGAACUGUGAUUGUUUUGUCUGUUUUGUUUGGUUUCUCUGUCCUCCGUGGAACAACGCACCACGCCACCGUCCUUGAAUUACGGGGUCGGUAAUUACUUUGCAACAGGCGACCCUUUGCUGCCACCGUCCGCGCCCCAUAUGGUGCAAUCGCUUCGUAACAGCGCAGCCGCCGUCUCCGCCGCCACACACAGCAAAGUGCAUUGUGUGUCUCGGGUUGCCGCCCCCUCGCUGCCCGGAAGUGAAGCAUAAACAUGAGUCAAUCGGCGGGUGGCACCAGCAACAACAGCAGCAGCAACAGCAUGGGUGUGAAAUCGGACUCCUCCGCCGGCCCUGCGGAGCACGCCCUGCCAGGGGGCGUUGGCAAUGAUAACCAUGGCAACAGUGCUGCGGGAAAUGUCAAUUCUCUCGAGAGAGCCCAGAACAACAACAAUGGGGGAGGACCACCGAACGGCGGGUUGCCGCCACUGCCACCGCCAGCGAACGGUGGUACGGGAAACAACGGCAGCAACAGUAUGCCACCGCCCCAUCCAUCACAGCACCAACACCACCAGCACAACAAUCAUCAUCACCAUCAUCAUCUUCAGAUGCAGCAGCAGCAGCAAAGUAAUGAUGGCAGCAUUUCGAUAGCCACCGGGGACAGCGAAACGGGUAGCUUCUAUGACCAAAAAACGGACCUCUCGUCCCAUCAUCAUCAUCAUCAUUUAGACGACGAAGACGGGCUGGGACCGCUGCCCCCGAAGUGGGAGAAGGCUUUCACGGACAGUGGCGAGGUGUACUUUAUCGAUCACAACACCGGCACGUCGCACUGGUUGGAUCCGCGGCUGUCGAAGUUUCAGAAAAAAUCGCUCGAAGACUGCCAGGACGACGAGCUGCCGUACGGGUGGGAGAAGAUCUGCGAUCCCCAUUACGGCACGUACUACAUCGAUCACGUCAACCGCAAGACGCAGUACGAAAAUCCGGUACUGCAGGCGAAGCGUAUGCAGGAACGCGGGGGAGCCGGAGGCGGAGGAAGCUCCUCGACCAUGCUGCACCACGAUGGUGGUAACGGCGGAGGGCCGGGCGGUAGCGGCCCGCACGAUACCGGCGGUGGCGGACAGCUGGGAGCGAACGGUGCUGGCAACGCGAGCGGUGGUCCGGGCCGCGUGAAUCAUUUCACCAAGAACCCGGGGCAGCUGCGUGGGGAGCGAUUGAUGACGACGCUGGUGAAAUCGAUCCGCGGCCUCGGCUUCACGAUCGUCGGCGGCGACGACAAUGUGGAGGAGUUCCUGCAGAUCAAGUCGAUCGUGCCGAACGGGCCGGCCUGGAUGGACGGGCAGCUCAAGAUGGGGGACGUGCUGGUGUACGUGAACGACAUCUGCGUGCUGGGCUUCACGCACCACGAGAUGGUGAACAUCUUCCAGUCGAUACUGCCGGGCGAGGAGGUGCAUCUGGACGUGUGCCGCGGCUACCCGCUGCCGUUCGACCCGAACGACCCGAACACGGAGGUCGUGACGACGAUCGCGGUCGACGGGUUGGUGCAGAACGGGGGCGCGAUGAUAGCGGACGGCGAGCUGAAGUUUCUGGAAAACGGUGGCUUCCUGGUGGACCAUCCCGGUGGUGCAUCCGAUGGGGUGGCGCAUAAGAAUCCGCUUGCCAAGCUGCAGGCGUCGGCCGGUAACGGGCCCACGAUCACCUCGAACGGUGGGGACGUUUACUUCAACGAUACACUUUCGUACCAGCAGCACUACAACAAGGGCAAACAGCAGCAGCAGCAGCAAGCGUACGAGCUGGUGGUGCCGGAGGUGCUGCACAUCAACAUCGUGAAGAGCGACAACGGGUUCGGCUUCACCAUCACGGACAGCUCGUACGGGCAGCGGGUGAAGAAGAUCCUUGACCGGCAGUGCUGCAAAAACCUUCAGGAAGGCGACGUGCUGCUCAGCAUCAACUCGAUCCCGGUGAAGGACAUGAGCCACAACGAGGUGGUGCAGGUGCUGAAGGACUGCCCGAAGAACAUCGAAACCACGCUGAAGGUACAGCGGGGUCCGGGUGCGCUGAUGGCUUCCGGUGGUGCUGGCGCUGGUCCCAUUUCCACCGCUUCGCUCCCCGCCAGCAGCAAGCUCACGAACAAGCUGCGCAAAAGCAUCGAAAUGGCCAAGUUCGGCGGUAACGGCGGGCUGCUGAAGAAGGACGGUCCGGGCAAUCUGUUUCGCAGCAAAACGCCCACCGCCGAUCUGUACAGCACGCAGACGAAGGAAGUGUUGCCGACGCGCCCAAAAACGCCGCUGGUGGAUACGCGCGCCCGUGCAAAAACUCCCUCGCUACCGUUGGCGGAGCUGAACGCGGAAGAGAUCGAGCUGGACGGGGCGGGCGGAGGCAAGAACGUGACCGAUUCGAAGCUGGAGCUGAACAUGAAAUCGAACAGCAGCUCGCACGAUAACGAUUCGAUUGCGAACGAUAUCGGGCUGUACCAUCAUCACCAUCCUCAUCUGCCGCAUCAUCAUCAUUUGCUCCACGGGGAGGAUCAGUUCGGGCAGGUUCAUCAUCCGGGUUUGAUGAAGCACUCGAAUCUGGCCGACCGGUUGGGCGAGCUAACGAUCGGAGGCUCGAACAACAACAGCACGAGUGAUAUGGCCAUCUACCAUCACCACAACAACCAUGGACAGGGGGUUGGAGGCGCUGCUGGCCAUCCGUACCAGACGCCGGGCGGUUUUCAUCCGCCCAACAGCAUGGGUGGACCACCGGGAGGAGGUGGCGGAUACAAUCAGCUCUACUCUCCGCCCCUUGUUCCACCGCCACCGGUGCCACCACUUGGUCAGGCAACAUAUCAUCAUGACAAUUGCUUCUGCUACGAUUGCCAAGACUACCGACAGCAGCAGCAGCAACAUCACCUCCAGCAACAACAGCAUUUGAUGAAUCGCCAGUUUUCCUCCCAGCAGAUGCAUCCGAUGAACGCAUCCCCGCACGGCACCUACAGCCUACCGCCCCAGAUGAGUGACAACAUUGGCAAACGGUUGAACGAUUACCUGAUGGAUCGGAAACGCUCCAUGCAACAACCGGGCAAUCCGUCGGGACCGCCGAUCGGUGGUACGGUCCCUCAGUACGAUAAUCUGUACCUUCCGCAUCACCUUCCGCAGCAAGGCGGUGGAGGCGUUCCAAUGCACCAUCCGAUGCAGCAAUCGCCCAAUGGAGGCAAUGGAAUGGCCCUGUACGAUACCCAGCAGCAGCAACAGCAAUUUUACGGCAAUCCGGGUGGCCCAAUGCACGGUCCGCCCGGCAAUAAUGGGUGGAAAAUGGGACAGCAGCAGCAUUCACCUUCGCAGCACCAGCUGCCACCACACCACGGCAUCUACGGUGGUCCGGCCGGCGGCAACAACAACGGGUACGGUGGCCACGGGCUCGACGAAUACACGCUGACGGAGGUGACGCUGGAGCGGCAAGCGCUCGGGUUCGGGUUUCGCAUCGUCGGCGGCACCGAGGAAGGCUCGCAGGUGACGGUCGGGCACAUUGUGCCGGGCGGAGCAGCCGACAAGGACACGCGCAUCGCUACCGGGGACGAAAUACUAAACAUCAACGGAGUGAAUGUGGAAAAUGCUUCCCAUCAUCGUGUGGUGCAGCUGAUGGGUGAAGCCGGUCUGCGGGGCCAGGUGACGAUGAUACUGCGAAGACGGCAGCUGUCGAAACCGAUGGCCCCACCGCCACCGCCCCUUCCGCCCAACCCACGCUACCCGUACAAUGUGCUCGUGACGAGGAAGGAAAACGAAGGCUUCGGGUUCGUGAUAAUAUCCUCCUCGGGCCAGUUCCUGGGGUCGUCGAUUGGCGAUCUGAUCCCUGGCAGUCCGGCCGAACGUUGCGGUGAGCUGAAGAUUGGUGACCGGAUCAUUGCCGUCAACUCGAUCGACAUUACCGGCAUGAGCCACAGUGACGUGGUGAACCUGAUCAAGGAGUCGGGCCUGCAGGUGAAGCUGACAAUCGAUAGCCCGCGGGACGGUAUCAUGCAUCCGGCGAUCGGGUCGCUCAUACAGCCGAGCGUUCCCACCUCUCUGCCGAACGGUGGAGGGAUGAAUGGAGGCGGUGGUGGCGCGGCCGGUGGCGGUGGGCCUAUGCUCAGCUCCAACACGGACCUGUACGUGAGCAGCAACAGCACCACGGCGAGCGGUAGCAAUGGACCAACGAUUAACCGGUAUCCGGCGAUCAUUUCCUGAUUGAGGGUACGGCUGCAGCAGCAGCUGGCCGAGCGGCAUCGGACGCUUAACCAGCCGGAACCCGCGCCGGAUGAGGGGUAAAAACGGUCAUCCGGACAAACUAUUAACCAAAGUUGCUACCGAUUAAGUAUCAAUUGUUGUGCGCUGCUUAAGGGUGAAGAGAAGGUAGGCAUUUACUGCGCUGCAGAAACGAGGUCGGACGGCCAAAAUAUUUUACUGGAAGGUAGCAAGACGUCGUUGUGAGACGUGGUGAUUAAGCAACACGCGUACCAUGUGCAUUGCAUGUGGGGCUGCCCCCAUUGUUACCCCCAUUGUGUGGGAAAUUGUUUCAAAAUUAUCUCAUCGAAGCGAUCGUUUUUGCACUAUAGCCGAUUGCGCUAAACCCAAGCGACAAAAUUAACAUGCUUUCUCGCUCUCUCAGGUGUUUACUGAUCUAUUAGGUAGAAUGAGAAAGCAUGCCGAUUUUGUUAGUUUGGGAACAUGCCUGCAUGCUGCAAUGUGGUGAAGUACGUGUGUCAUAGUGUGCCCCAAAUCUUAUUCGUGCAUUACAGUGAGGUCGAAGUGAUCGUGAAAGUGAAGCAAUUAUUAUUAACCCCGUUUUCGUUGGCUAUCGUGUGCAGAAAGCCUACUUCGUUUUGUUUCCCCCUUGUUGCUGUCUUCCAGCUUUGAAUGUAUUAAGUCACGCUGGAUAGUACCGAGUUUAUAGGUUCGUGAUGCAGUUAUUUCAUUUGUUUUUCUCCCCUCAACAUAGCUGUUAAACAUACAAUAACCUAGGCACAGCACCUCAUUUUGGAAACAGCUCACUUAACCGUUAGGACAUAGGACAAAACUCCUCGAAUGACAAGAGACUGGACGGGAAACGAUAUAUGAUAUAUAGCAACUCAGCUAGAAAUGAAGACAAAACAAAAAUGCAAUCCAUCCUGUGAAAAAAUCUUGCCUUACACCAUUUUAUAGCAAAAAAAACGCGAUUGUUAACAACAACAAAACCAAUGAAAACAGAACCUGUUGUGAGCUCAAUAUAUACAAACAUCCCAUGUACAUACCUGUUAGAAUGAAGUUUUGUGAAUGCAUGGCAGUUUGGGUAUGAAUAACACCUUUAGAGAAGUGUACAUUUUAUCGAAAGGAAACGUUCUUUUUUAUAGGCAACAGUUUUUAAAACUAUCUCAACCGAUAGACCGAUAUUAGAUGUGGCGCACGCGGUUGCAUUUAUUACUGCCGUGAUGAUAUAAUCUUGCUGGCUUUUUUAUGGGCUCGUAUUUAAAUGUUACAAACAAACAAACCAACAAACUAUAUUAAACAGGUUCAUAUCUACCCAUACGUGCUCUGGUGUAGCUAGGCAAACAGCUCAUAUCGAAAAGGGAAAGCAAGUAUAUUUAGACAUUGUGUAUAGCCAGAUUUUAGAACCGACCAACUCUCUGGGUGUGUGUACCUUAACUGUGUCUCAAAGAAAUCUUAAUUUAGUUGAUAGUUGUUGCAUAAGCUCUAGGUGUUAGGUGUACAUACUAACGUUUAACAGUAGCUUACUCUUUAUCAUUAUAUAUCACUGAUAUGCUAUCUAUGAAGGAAGCUGUAUCCUUCCGCACCACCUCGACGGCAUUUUUUAGUGUUGCUACAGAAGCAAUAGCAAAAAACGUAAUGGAAUCAACCGGGUUUAUUUUGUUGUUCUUAAUUAUAAAUAAUUUUAGGUGGUUUUUAUUUCACCACUUGCUCAGAGCCUUAACACCCCACCACAGUUCGAUGUACAUAGUAAGGAUAUAGCUACACUUAGUCAAACAAAAGCUCGAAAGAAAGGAAACAUCACUAAUGGAAAACUGAGAGUUAGACAUAGAUAGAGAGAUAGAGAACACAAAAACCCUUAGCAGUGGAUGUCAAAAUCAAAUCAAGUGCCUCCCAACUUUUUCUUUUUGUAUUAUUGUACGACGUUAUUGUACGACCGAACGUUACGUUCCCGUGCCCCCCAAACUCUAGUUGUAGUGCAUUUCAUACUUGUUUAUGUUAUAUAGUGGCGUAGUGAAAUAGUCCCUGUUUUGGAACAUUUUAGUACUUGAGUAACCACCAAAGCGGCUCGUUUAUAGUCGCUAUAUUGUACCGACUGCAGCAAAGUUAACAGUUACAAACGAAACAUUUGAGAAAGGCGUACGCGUGAUAUGUUUCGAAUGUGGAUGAAAGCAAUGUUGUUUAUGUUAGCAAUUUAUGACGUACUACUAGUAUGCGUAGUUAAGUUAUCCGUUUUUGUAAGACGAUGGAUGGUGGUAAUUCUACUCAGCAGCAGUAGCAGCAGCAGCAGCUACAUAAACAUUAAAAGAAGGGAUGCCAGUGUAUAGACUCUUUAACAAAAAGUUAACCGCAAGUUACAUUUGGGGCAAAAGUUAUAUGGGUAAAAGUUGGGGUAACAAAAUGUUGCUUUUCCCCUUUAAAGCGCCAGGCGAUCCCCAGGAAAGGGCGCCGUUAUUGUAGAAUUUAUUUAAAUUGCAGAUUAUAAGUAGAAAACAGUAAAUAUAAUAUAACAAUCCCCCCAUCCCCCUCGUACACAUGUUACACGAAGAUGCUCUUUAAAGAAACAAUAAAUAAAGCAAUGUAGUUGAAUCUGA